AUGGACGUUCACCGCUGCCGCUUCGUCCCCUACCAGCCGUCCGCUAUCAACGCGGUCGCCUUCUCCCAUCCCAAGACGAGAACCGCAAAGCGCAGCACUGUCGCGAGGCUGGCGAUUGGCCGUGCCAACGGCGAUAUCGAGAUAUGGAACCCCGGCAACGGCACCUGGCACCAGGAGCAGGUUAUUCGGGGUGGCAAGGGCCGCAGCAUUGACGGCCUCGUCUGGGUCAACGAGCCCGACCAGGACUUGGGCGAUGGCCGCGUCGUGAUUGGAAAGUCGCGCCUCUUCAGCAUCGGCUACACCUCCACCGUCACCGAAUGGGACCUGGAAACGGGCAAGCCCAAGCGCCAUGCGAGCGGCCAGCACGGUGAUAUCUGGUGUCUCGCGGCACAGCCUUCCAGCUCGACCGAUGGGCCCAGCUCCGAAGUACAGAACUCGAACAAGCUUGUGGCCGGCACCAUCGACGGUGAGCUGGUCAUGUACUCGCUUGAGGACGACGACUUGCGUUUCCAGCGAGUCCUGGUCAAGUCUCCGACCAAGAAGGCCCAGAUGGUCAGCAUGACCUUCCAGUCGCGCAAGGUGGUCAUUGUCGGCUGCUCCGACAGCACGAUUCGAGCCUACGACAUGGCCAAGGGCCACCUCCUCCGACGAAUGACGCUCGGUUCCGACCUGGUCGGCGGCGCCAAAGACAUCAUCGUCUGGUCUGUCAAGUGCCUGCCUAACGGCAACAUUGUCUCCGGCGAUUCCACAGGACAGAUCUGCAUCUGGGACGGCAAGACGUACACACAGGCCCAGCGCAUCCAAAGUCACAAACAGGACGUCUUGAGCCUCGCCACCAGCGCGGACGGCACCGCCAUUAUGAGCGGUGGUAUGGACAGGAGGACCUUUCUCUACAAGCAGGCCUCUGGCGCCGGCCAGCGUUGGGGCAAGGUCUGGGGCCGGCGGUAUCACGACCACGAUGUGAAGGCCAUGGCAUCGUUCGAAAACGGCAACGUCAGUGUCGUGGUUUCAGGAGGUCCCGAUGCCAACCUCAUGGUUGUGCCCCUAAAGGAAAUGGGCCGCGAGAAUCACAGGAUGAUGAGCAAUCUGCCGCAACAACCGCCGCUCGCAAGCGCCGCCAACGCUAGGUUCAUGGUCAGCUGGUGGGACCGGGAGAUUCACAUCUGGAGUCUGAGGAAACCCGCCACCGAGCUGUUUGAGUCGGGCACCGACGACGUCGACAUCAACCAGAACCGCAAGCUUCUCAAGACCAUUGUUGUCAAGGGUGAUUGCAACAUCACUUCUGCGGCAUUGAACCAAGAUGGAACCCUCCUUGUCGUCUCUACACCCAUCGAUGUCAAGGCGUUCCGUCUCGAGCAUCAGGACCCGACCAAACCUUCGGAUGUCAAAAUACACUCUCUUGAGCUUCCGCAGAAGCUUACGCGUCUCGGGGCCACGCAAGUCAAGCUGUCUCCCGAUGGGAAAUGGGUCUUGCUGGUCCAGGAGGGGUCGCGCGUUCUGAUGGCCCGGAUUACCCUCAACGCGAACAAAGAGGGUGUGCCCGCCGCCGGCAUCAAAGUCCAGCGACUCGCCCGGCUGCGUCGCCAUGUACCAAGAUACAUCAUGAACGGCGGCUUGGGCGGCUACGACCGGAGCGUUACGCAAACGGCUUUCAGCGCAGACUCCAAGAUGGUCGCGGUCGCCGACCUGGCUGGCUACAUGGACACUUGGAUCCUGCGCGGCCACGAGGAGAGCCUACGAAAUGGCCAAGCCGUCGACGGUGCCGAUGACGCGGCUUCGUCGUCGGACAGCGACUCAUCUGACGACGAGGCCGACGCUAUUGAUGUCGGUGAGCAGUGGAUUCGCAACCCGAACGCCAAACAGCUGCCCAAGUUGCCCUCCGCUCCCGUUGUCCUGUCCUUCACGGACGACGUACCCGGGUCCGGAGACGCCUCGAGUGACGACUAUACCCUUGCUGCCAUCACGUCGUCAUGGAACGUUCUUGCGUUCCAUCCGCGUCAAGGCGCGCUAACCCCAUGGUCCCGAAGACACCCACGAAAGGCCCUUCCCGCGGCGGUACAGGAUCUACUCGAUCUGCCCAAAGGCAUAUUCUGGCAGGGGUCAAGGAUGUGGGUGUACGGCGUAUCAUUCCUCCUCAUGUUGGACAUGGGCCAGGACCUCCCCAUGCCCACGGCAGACGCCGACGGCUCCGCAGAGACGCAGGUGGCUCAAGGAACGAAGAGGAAGCGGGCUUCGCGGACCACCGGCGCUGGGGGCAAGAUGGAGAGAGAGAACCUCGUGCCCCACAAAGUUCGGAAGCAUGGAGAGGAGGAGAACUACGAAGACAUCAACGUGGGGGAGACCCCAAGGGCGGAGGAGAGUGACAGCGACGACGAGAUGGCUGACGCCGACGGCGAACUCGCCCAGCUUCGCAACAACGGCAGCAAGACGGUCGUCCAGUCUGACGACACGACUGAUGAGCGCAAGAAGUGGUGGAUCACGUACAAGUACCGCCCCAUCCUGGGCGUCGUUCCCGUGAACCGCGCGGACCAACCGCUCGAGGUCGCGCUGGUGGAGAGGCCGACGUGGGAUGUGGACAUGCCCGACAGGUACUUUGCCGGCCACGAGUGGGAGAAGUAUUGA